CUGUAACAAGAAUGGUGGUGUUCAUAUUCUCCUCACUACUAUAAAAGCCCCCAGUGCGCUUGAUCCCUUGAUCGCCGAUCACGAUAUAUCAUAUUCACCAUGCUUCCUACAAGCGAUACGAUAGCCAUAAUUGGAGCCGGAUCCGUAGGCUCCGCCAUAGCCCAGUCUUUGCUGUUGCGCAAAAUUGUUGCCGACCUCAUUCUUGUUGAUAUUGACACCGAGCUAUGCAACGCGCAAGUGCAGGAUCUUGCCGACGCCGCAUACCUCUCCAAUGUCCGUAUAAGACAGGGAACCAGUGCCGAAGCCGGCCAGUCAAACAUCAUCGUUGUUACUGCUGGGGCCAAACAACGGGAAAACGACACAAGAAUGAGUCUGAUUGAUCGGAACUAUGCGAUCCUUGAGAAUAUCCUGAGCUCCAUGAAGCCGAUCAGGGAGGACGCAAUCCUCGUCCUUGUCGCAAAUCCAGUGGAUGUUCUGACUUACUUUGCUCAGAAGCUUUCGGGGUUGCCGCAGAGCCAGGUUUUUGGGUCCGGGACAUUGCUCGACUCGAUCAGACUUCGGGCCAUCCUCGCAUCCAAGCUCAAGGUUGCGGAUACAUCAGUUAGCGCCUAUGUUAUCGGCGAACAUGGAGAUUCGCAAUGCGUUGCAUGGUCUACAGCGAACGUCCAUGGUACACCGUAUCUGUCAUUGUUUCCAAUCGACGAGGAGGAACGUGCCAAGGUCGCAGCUAUCACGAAGAGAAAGGCGUACGAGAUUAUCAAAGCGAAAGGGUUCACUUCCUACGGCAUCGCUGCCGUGGCGUCAACCAUUUGCGAGUGUAUCGUCUUCGACCAACGUCGAGUUUUCCCCUUGAGCCACUGGCAGAAUGAUUUUGGCUGUUGUCUCAGUCUUCCUGCCGUGCUAGGACGGAGUGGUAUCGUAUCUACUCUUCCGAUACCACUGGAUCAGGAAGAAACAUCAGCUCUUGCACAAUCUGGAGCAAGCAUCAAGGACAUCAUCUCAAAGUAUGAUGUUUGAUGGAGUCUACCAUUGUCGGGAUGGCCGACCGAUUUGACGAGUAGCGAUUCAGUGGUUUAAUGCUUUUUUUUUGACAUCCCAUGCCCCUGGGUCCCAUUUAGUGUUGUUCAAUGGGUGCUGCUCAUGGCAUGGAAAUUUCGAAUUGGGUUC